UGAUUGCUGCAUACAUAUUAGUAAAUGUCUUUGAUAACAGCAGCAGUCCUGCCAUUACGGUUGUUAGCGUAAACAUCAUGAAGAAAAAGAAGGGAUCCAAGAAAAAGAAAAAGUCUGCAAAAAGCGGGAAAAAGUCAUCUGAAGCAGAGGACAAAGUUGAAGGUCUUGAAAAUGUUGACCCAAGCACUCUUAUAUCGGGCACCGAAGCCAGUCCUGAUGAUGGCAAGAAAAAGAAGAAAAAAGGAAAGAAGAAGAAAAAGUUAUCAAAAUCAGAAAAAGCUCAGGAAAAACUAGAGAAAGCAAUUGAAAAACUGAAGAUGAAUGAGGACUUCUACGAUACUUUUGUCAACCGUAUGCAUCAGUGGAUUGUUGACCAUGCUGCUAUGGCAGUGGAGAUGUUCAAGCGGAUUGACUCUGAUGGUGAAGGACUUCUCUCAUAUGAUGAGUUUAAAGCAGGUAUGUUCGACUUAAAUGCUCCUGUCAACAAAAUAGAACUUCAUCUUUUAUGCAAACUUUUGGAUGAAGAAGAUGCAGGAGAGAUAGACUACACAGACCUGGAGAAAGGUUUACAAUACGCAAGAGAAAUUCGAGAGUUGGACAAGCAGACGGUCCGCGAUGAAAGACAGCUGCUGUUGACCGAACGCAAAUUCCCACCAUGCCCAUGUUGCAAGAUGAGCAUCAUAGAACCUUGGCGAGAAACUUUACCAAGAUACAUUGCCCUGGAAAUGCGUUCCGUGACCUUUGACAUGUUUCGAGACUUCCCUGGACACCUUGUCCUUCUCGUCCAUUCCCAUCUUCCGGUGUGUGGUCUGAUUCAGAUCAUCAUAGCAGAGACAGACAUCAGCUCAACAAAACUGGCUGUGUUUCGAGAUCGAUCCAGAAACGCUGAGUCAGUGUUGUCUCCGGAUAUGACUCUAGAAGAGUGCGGUUUUGUAGGUGACAGUCGUGAAUCACCGGAAGAGCUGGUUCUCUUCUACGACUACACUGUGGAAUUCACAGACUGCCCUAUCCUUAUGUGUGACCAUUACUUCGGACAGAAAGAAAUAAUUUGAACAGCAAAAUUCACCUCCUUUAUCUUUUUGUUCCUUCCCAGUAGACAUAGGAGAUAUUGUUCUUGUUUGUUUGUAGCCCCAUUUGGAUAAUGGUCUUUGCCUAGGAAUAAUUCAUCCUUUUUGUCAUGCUGCUCUGAUCAAGACCCUUUUGCUAGGGAAUCGGCUAUCCACUGUGGCUUUUUUUUUUAAUGUCAUUUCCUAGAUAUGCUUAAAUAUUAAUUUCUUAUAUUAAAAACUGAGGAAGUUUUCAAAUUUAUCCAUGAAAAAGGUUGAUAAUCCUCUCCUGGGCAGAGGUAAGAGGUAAAGAGUGCCAAAGCAUGUGAUUGCACAGUGGCUCUGGCUAUUCCAGCGGUAUCUAUUUUAAAUCACAGAAUGUUGUAAUUUCGUGACGUAUAAAAAUCAUGUGCUCAUUCAUAGUUUUUAUUAAACUGUUCAACUUUGAUAGCUAGAAAAGAUAUUUCUUUUAAUGUUUAUAUUUUCCCAUGUCCAUUUUUGUUUUUGUCACAGGUGGAAUGGACAAAUUUUUUACCUAUGAGAUGCUUUGAAGAAAAAAGCUGUGCGACUCUAUUUUGUGUCAUCAUUGUUAUGUGUACGAGUCAAAUUUGUGUUUAUUUUCCCAAAAGUUCAAAUUUCUGCAAAAUGUGUACCUGAGACCUCACAACAACAGUAGGCCUACCUGAACCUCUCUCGACAUGAAAAUUAGGAAAACAAUGCCAUUUUACAAAGGAACUAAAACCUACUUUAAGAAAUAGUAUAUGAGGUCACCUGUCUUGUAAACAUGACAACACUAUGAAGUUUAAAAAAUACAAAACACCAUUUUAACGACAAUAUUUAUUCAAUUUUUACUGCUUCUGAGUGUCUGUUAAUUAUGACUGCAGCUGGUUCUGGCAAUAAAAGUGAAAUAUUA